UUUAUAUUUAGUCAGCCGUAAAUAUUUGCUUUGGUUUGGUGUCGCAGUUCGCAAUAAUUUAGCGCUUUUCAUAUCAUGGCAUGUGCUUCGGGAGGUAAAGACCCCCCUGAUAGAAACGAUGUAUCGUAGUUAAUAAUCCGAUAGUGUUCGCAAAUGAUUUUGAUUCCUUUCAAGCUCAACUAAACUUGUCCCAAGCUUCUACCUCCUCUAGCAGUGGUUAUUCAUCAGCCUUGACGCUUUCGCCUUUAGCUAAGAAAACAGCACAUGCUAUCACUCAUCACUCUUAGUACCCACUAAGGAGGAAAUAGAUUUAUUGGAGACAGAGUUACAAAAGCUUAAAUCUGUCUUCGUGGAAGAUCAGGAUGCCCUAAACGAAAUUGCAAGAAUUUCAGUCAACAUAAGGAGAAUACUUAACUGAAAGUAUAAAUAUGAACUUACAGACCAGGGACCAUUUCUUAUCAUAAUGGAGGGAAUAACUUCUCAAGUUGGAAACAUUCACCCGAUGAAUGUUGGAAAAAUUUUGUACAGAGCUGGAGUACAAGGUAUAACAAAAAUCAAUAGAAAAGGGGCUAAUAAAAUUGGAAUUGAAUUCAGAACAUCAGAGUAUGCUAAUCAGUUUUUGUCAAAUGAAAGUUUCAGUUCUGCUAGAGGCUAUAAUAGGUACAUUCCAAAACGUCUUGUCACUUGUAGAGGACUAAUCAAGGAUGUAGGGGACCAAAUUACGGAAGAGGAUUUUUACUCAGAAGCGGUAACUUAUACAGGGGAAGGAUCCCGGGCCAGGUCGAUUAAGAUAUUAAAUGUAAAAAAAGUCUUAAGAAGGAAGAAAAUACUUGCUAUUUCUGGCGAAACAGUAAUGAAAACCAUCCCCACAAACGAUUAUAUUGUAACAUUUGAAGGCAAAUCAUUACCCCAAACUGUAAAUAUUUUUAAUAAUGAAAGAGAAGUGGAAAAAUAUGUUAACCAGUUUAUAAUGUGCGUCAAUUGUUGCAGAUUUGGACAUGUCAAAAAUAAUUGUAGAGGCAAGCCUCGUUGCGGUUUUUGUACAGAAGAUCAUCUUAUGUUUGUUUCUGAAAAAAGAGGGCAAGCAAUGAAAAAAAUGAAAUGCCCCGCAGAUCAUCUUAACAAUCUGACUAAAACGUGUAAAAUUCCAAAUUGUGAAGCAAAUCCAAAACCAAGCUGCGUAAAUUGCAAGGGACACCACACUGCUACUGACUGGGGAUGUUCUGAAUACAAACGGCAAAAACAAAUUAACGAAACCAUGAGCUUCUACAACCUUUCUUUUUAUGAAGCAGCUAAACUGCAUCCACGGCUAAUUAAUACAAACCAAGGCUUUACCCGAAAACCAGAAGAUUUUUCUAGUUUAAAUAAAAAAACUCAGAAUAAAACUCCUCAUCCAACAAGUCCUCAGAGCUGUUCCUUAUAUACAUCAGUACUUAAAAGAAAACGGCCUGACACCCAAUUUAUCAAAGGGUAUGAUAAAGUAGCCCAUGAACUAACUUUGUUACCCUCAAGUGCAAGAAGAAAAGUCUCAUCUAUACAAGUAGGUGAAAACUCGACAUCAGAGUCGGAAAUGGAAGUAACUCCUGUAGGAAAUGGCUGGGAAGAAGUAUGCAACAAGUUUGAAGCUUUCAAAAAAGACGUUAUGUCAAUAAAGGGUAUGGAUGAAAAUUGUGUCAACAAUAUCAAACAAUAUUUUGGUUCAUUUGACCUACGGAGGGGGGGCGGCUGCGAUGGCAGCGGUUGACCUACAGGGGUUAGAAAAAGAAAAGGUAAUCUUAUCACUAGUUUUAAUCUAACAGUAGUUUUUACGUAACAAAACUAAGUUUAAGUUUUAGUCACAAGCGUUUUAUAGUUGAGCUAUAAUGAAUAUCAUUCAUUGGAACAUUUGCGGGGCUGAAAAAAAUAAAGAUGCUAUCAUUAGAGUUAUAAGGGAUUUUAAGCUACAGAUCUUAUUGCUCAAUGAAACCUUGCUCAAACCCAACACCAACUUUAAAAUAUCAGGGUUCUCUUCUGUAAGAGCUGAUAAACCUAAUGGUGCAGAUGGUAUAGCAAUUUUCUUGAAAAACAAAAUAAAAUAUAAUAUCAUCGACUUAAGCAGAAUUAAUAUACCAGAGAGGUGUCAGGUUGUUCUUGCAGAGCUUGUCGAUUUUUUUAUUUGUUGUGUUUACAUCCCUCCAGAUAUUUGUUUGGUCAGGGCAAGCCUCGAUUCAAUUUUCGAUCUAACCCGUAAUAAACCAGUCCUCUUUAUGCGAGACUUUAAUGCCCAUAAUCCAAUAUGGGGUUCCCAGGUCAGUUACUCACGGGGAAUUAGAAGUGGGAACAUUCUUUAUGAUUUUAUUAAGGAUCACGAUUUGUGGGUACUAAAUGAUGGAUCAGCUACUCGGCUCACACGCCCAGGCGUACACAGCGCUCCAGAUGUAGCUUUUUGCUCCCAGAGACUGUCUGGACUUACUGACUGCAGGGUUCUCCAGGAUAGAGUGAAUAGCGAUCAUUUUCCUAUUUUGUGGUAUCAUCGGAAAUAACCGUUGCAACUCAGAAUCUGUUCCAAUGCAUAAACACUCAUUAAACUACGGGUUACCUUGAUGGGAUAAUGAGUGCACCAACGCUGUUAAAAGGAAAAGACAAGCAUUCAGAGAUUAUAAAAACAACCCCUCUGAGACCAAUUUCCUGGAAUCAUUAAGAACACGGGCACAAACAAGACAGCUGCUACGUAAGAAGAAAAAGGAAGGCUUUGUCAACUUUUGUGAGAAUCUAUCUCCAAACACUAGUGCAAAAGAAGUUUGGAGCAGUAUUAGAAGGUUUGCUAAAGGUAUCAGGUACCAAAAUUAUCAUUUUCCCUUGAAUUUCUCAAUCCCACAAGAUAUGUUUGAUCUUUUGACGCAACCUCCCUCUAUGUUGCGUAACCUCCCCGAAUGUCGCUUCUCAUCAGAAUAUACCGAAGACUUCCAUAUCUCAGAAUUUGUCGCGGCUGUUAUAGGUCGGAAGAGCAAGAGUCCCGGUGUGGAUAAAGUACCUUUCAGUGUGCUCAGCCAUCUCCCUGUUGAAGGAGCAGUCUUUCUUAUCAAAUUUUUCAACAAAAUACUUCGGAGGGAAACCACCAUUCCAGAGACGUGGAAAACCCAAAUGGUGAUCGCAAUUCCUAAACCGGGGAGAGACCCCUCAGCGUUAUCGUCCUACAGGCCCAUCAACCUAGCUUCUUGCAUAAGCAAAACUUUUGAAAUUAUGAUCAAAAACCGACUGGAAUGGUUCGUAGAGAACCAAGGUUUAAUAGACGUUCGCCAAACUGGUUUCAGAAAGGGAAGAAUUACAAGGUUAAUUAUCUCCCCAGACUUCACCUCAACACUCGAACCAUUGCAUGGAGAAAUUCCAUCACACAUCUAGGAGUGAUUUUUGAUCCAAAGCUGUCAUGGGAGCCACAAAUUAGAAAUAUGAUACAGAAAGCUUCAGGGGAAGCAAGUGAAAUGGAUUUAGAACACAGAAGAUACAUGCUAGCAACUAAAUCAUUAUUGAAAGCUGCCAGUUUAGUGGACAGUGAAACCUUAGCUGCGGUUAGAUGGUUAUAUAUCACCUAUAAUGAAAACUAUUACUUUUUUCGGAAAAAGAGUAUUCUUGCACUUGUGGAUGCUUUUGAAAGAGUUGAUUCACUGUUAGAUACACUUUACAGGAGCCCACUUUAUCCCUGUUUCUCUUGUCCACUGCCGAACCUUUUAAGCUCUGUUCAAAUCCAAGACUUAAAACUAAAGAAAGAUAAUAAUAACUCCAAAUUAUUUGAAAUUAAGAAGAGCGAGACUUGGACCCCAGAUUUUCAUUUAAUUUUUACAGACGCCUCAAAAGAUAAAGAAGGCCGAGCAGGUUUUGGCGUUUACAACUACAAUACGAACCUUAAAAAAAAUGGGACAAGGCCUACCAAGUGAACUAUCCAUUUGCUCUGCCGAGAUUUAUGCUAUUGGUCAAGCUCUUGAUUGGAUUGAAUUCAAGGAGAUCAACAAAGCAGUCAUCCUUUCAGACUCCAAAAGUGCCCUCGAAGAUAUCAAUAAAAUUGGGAUGGGUGCAAAGUCUAACUACCUAACCUUGCAGGUUAAGAAUAAACUAUUUACCUUAAUAAAAACUCAAAAUAAGGACAUCCAAUUAUGCUGGAUACCAAGCCAUACCAGUAUAAAAGAAAACGAUAUUGCGGACCAGAUCGCCAAUGCUGCACGCCUCGAACCACAGGAAAAUAUAAAAUUGAGCUUUAGGGAAUUCUUCCCUAAAUUAAAGCAUAACAUCUGGAAUGCUUGGAGCGACAGAUGGAAACAUAUAGGAUUAGGGAAAGGAGUUAAUUUCACCUCACAUUAUUCUACUCCGCCAACUAAACCCUGGUUUCAUAAGCUCGACCUGAAUAGAAGAGAAAUCACAACUAUGUGUAGACUGAGAAGCAACCAUUGCUGUUCUCCGGCUCACCUAAAGAGAAUCAAAGUCAAACUCUCCGGAGACUGUGAAUGUGGAGAACUGGGCGAUUUUAGUCAUGUGCUGUUUGAUUGUGCUCUUCAUUGGGAAAAAUCACAACAGUUGUAUGAGUCACUCAUUAGUGCUAAUUUUCCUUCGCCUCUGCAUAUUAAUUCCAUUUUAUUUCACCGCACUCAGUUGGAUUUUGCUGCUAGAAUUGUUUGCCGCUUUUUAGAUGCAUGUGGAUUAAAACUUUGAAUAUUGUUUUCACAUAUUCUAAUUCUUUCGUCCAUUUUUUUUUCCUGUAUAGCCGUCCAGUAGGAUGAUGGUAUCACCCAGACCCUCUUUACGGAGGCAUCCUUCAUGGAAAUAGUUUAUUGCACACCACUACCGAGAAGCUGGCCGAAUUGCCUUAGCAGCAGCGGCCAAAUAAAGCGUAAUUAAAAAAAAAAAAACCUAAAAUAAAAGAUUCCUGUGUUUUUAGCUUAAACAAGAAUUAGAGAUCAUGAUGAACCUGAUAGAGUUAGAGACAACAUUAA